GUGCUGAAUUUGCCUUGGUAGUCGAGUCUUUUUUGAAGUCCAGUUCCACUCUUGUCUGAAAAAUGUCAUUUUCCCCGUUAUUUCGAACUAUCGUGUUUGCUAUUUCUCUGGUGUUUUCUCUGAUCGUCUUGGGCAUUGCUGCUCAUAUCACAUCGGUGACUCUGGAGUAUUUCGGCGGUUACUUGAUUUUCGGCGCCUUGGCAAUUGCCACUGCAGUUCUAACGAUCGUGACGAUUCCUGUACUUUUCAUCAUGGAUGUGUUGAGACGUGGGGCUUUCACGUCCAUGAUCGUGGUGGAGCUAGUUUGGCUCUUUGUGCUGUGGGUUUUAUGGCUUGCCACUGGCGCUGAUGCCGCAUCAGCUACUUCUUUGACCUUCCCUUUCGGAUGCAACUACUUCAACCCACUUGAAAAUCAAAUAUGUCACGAAUUUGCUGCGGUAGAAGCAUUCGCAUUCCUCAAUUUUAUCCUCAUGUUCGUGUAUACUGUGGUGAUUCUUGUGUUUUCUAUAGUCGCCGGAAGUCGCGGUAACAGUGUCUGGACAUCAUCCGUGAAGGAGGCCAACUUCCAUGCACCCACGAACGGUGCAACGACCACACAUCCGCUGACGCAAUAUUCUGGUGCUAAUGCUACGCACAGUCAGCCGGAGGCACCGUCAAAUACAGUUGGUACACCAGUCACAGUGUGAAGAAUGACUCGUCUUGUGCAUGGACCAGGCAUGUUUGAUUCUGAGAUAUCUAUAUUUUCCAAUGGGGUACGUUUUCUUGCAGACACCAGUAUACGAUGUCUUGCACAUGUUGUAUAUGUCACGAAUCUCAAUGAUGUUAGUUUCUAUCCAUAUCGCGUGUAACUUGAGAAAGCUGGCAGUUUAGAAAAUGCUACCGAUU